CCUUACAAAUUUGGCUCCAUAUAACCAUUCAAAAAUUUUCAAAUUCCUCUCAAACGGUCUCCAUUUCAAAAUCCCCCCCGUACGCCCUUACACCCCCACCCCCCAAGGAGCUAAAAUUCAAAUCUCCAUUUUUCCGCACCCAAAUCUCCCAAAUUCAGUAAAUCAAAAACCCUAAUUCUCCAAAAAUGCCGUUAUUUUCCGAACCGCCAAGCGUAAUCAAGUCGACAUUCGGGUCAUUGGAUCAAUCUACAGUAGCAGCAACUCCGAUGGAUACUACGGCGGUGAUGACGAUGUCGUCAGUGAAGAGUACACCGAAUCUUAGAUUGUUCAAAUCAGCUGCUAAGGAUAACAGAAUAGAGUUUUCAGAGAAUAAAGAUGUGGUGGAAAGUAUUCGAAGUUUCGAGUUUAACGAAGAUCCUUCCUUCUGGAAGGAUCACAAUGUUCAGGUUAUAAUAAGAAUACGCCCCUUAAGUAGCUCUGAGAUAUCUUUGCAAGGGCAUGGUAAAUGUGUAAGACAAGAAAGCUCUCAGACAAUCACUUGGACAGGGCAUCCAGAAUCACGUUUUACAUUUGAUAUGGUUGCUGAUGAGAAUGUUACUCAGGAGAUGCUCUUUAAAGCUGCUGGAGUACCCAUGGUGGAAAAUUGUAUGGGAGGCUACAAUAGCUGUGUGUUUGCCUAUGGCCAAACUGGAAGUGGUAAAACACACACCAUGCUUGGAGAUAUUGAAGGAGGCACCCGGAGACAUAGUGUAAAUUGUGGGAUGACACCUAGGGUGUUUGAGUACUUGUUUUCCAGAAUUCAAAAGGAAAGAGAGGCACGCAGGGAGGAAAAUAUAAAGUUCACUUGUAGAUGCUCUUUCUUAGAAAUAUAUAAUGAACAGAUUCUCGACCUUUUGAAUCCAUCUUCUGUGAACUUGCAGAUAAGGGAAGAUAUUAAGAAGGGGAUUCAUGUAGAAGAUCUCACUGAAAUAGAAGUUACUAGUGCUCGAGAUGUGAUGCAGCAACUUCUUCAGGGUGCUGCAAACAGAAAAGUAGCUGCCACCAACAUGAAUCGUGCUAGUAGCCGUUCACACAGUGUAUUUACAUGUGUGAUAGAGAGCAAAUGGGAAUCUCAAGGAGUAACUCACCACAGAUUUGCUCGUUUUAACCUUGUUGAUUUAGCAGGUUCUGAAAGGCAGAAAAGCUCUGGAGCUGAAGGGGAACGUCUCAAGGAAGCUACUAACAUCAACAAAUCUCUUUCAACAUUGGGAUUAGUGAUCAUGAACCUGGUUAGCAUAUCUAAUGGGAAAUCACACCAUGUUCCCUACCGAGAUUCAAAGCUCACAUUUCUACUCCAGGAUUCAUUGGGCGGGAACGCAAAAACAUGUAUUAUUGCAAAUAUUAGUCCUUCCAGCUGCUGUUCAUUGGAGACACUAAGCACUUUGAAGUUUGCUCAACGUGCCAAAUACAUCAAAAAUCAUGCUUUUGUAAAUGAAGAUGCUUCUGGAGACGUUCUUGCAAUGAGGAUACAGAUCCAAAAUCUGAAGAAAGAAGUAGCUCGUCUUCGGAGUAUGGCUGAUGGAGGAGCUGAAAACCAUGAAAAUGAUGGUUGGACAGUUGCUUUUCCAGGAUCACCUACAUCUGUUAAAUGGGAAGGGCUUCAUGGAUUAUCUAGUCCACUUACAGCAGAUAAACGGAUGUCAAAGAAGAAAGACUAUGAAGUUGCCCUUGUUGGGGCUUUUAGGAGGGAAAAUGAUAAAGACAUCGCACUACAUGCAUUAACUGCUGAAAUUCAGGCAGCAAUGCAGCUGACCAAACAAAGAGAAGAUGAAAUACAAGGUUUAAAGAUGAGAUUAAGGUUUAGAGAAGCUGCAGUAAAAAGGCUCGAAUCAGUCGCUUCAGGAAAGAUAUCUGCCGAGAUUCACUUGCUAAAGGAGAAAGAGGAGCAUUUGAAGGAAAUAGAGGUCCUACGGAAUCAAGUUGAUCGUAACCAAGAAGUUACAAGAUUUGCUAUGGAGAAUCUACGGCUAAAAGAAGAAAUCAGAAGAUUGAAGUCAUUUUAUGAGGAAGGUGAGCGAGAAAGAAUGAAUGAACAGAUCGUGAUUCUACAGAAUAAGCUUCUAGAAGCACUUGAUUGGAAACUUAUGCAUGAAUCAGAUCCUGCACCAGUUCAGAAGGAGACUACUGAGCUUGGUAUGCAUAUUGAGAAUGACCUGAAUCUACUAACGUCAUCUCAGCAGGCUUCACCUUGGCGUACAUCAAUCAAUGAGGAGAAUGAGUUCCUCCGGGUCCAGGCAAUUCAAAACCAAGCAGAGCUAGAUGCACUCCAUAGAAAAAUUGUCUUUUGUGUUGAUGAGAAAGAAAAAUUGGAAAGACAAUUAAGUGACUUGGAAAAAGAGCUUGAAUUUGAGAGAUCAUCUAAAGCAGUUCUGAUGGAAGAAUCAAAGAAGGGUCAAAUUGAGCUGUCUUCUGUUGCAAAUGAUCAGAUGCCUGAUCAGACGGAGCUAACAACUAUUGUUGAUGCUAUAGCAGCAGCCAGCCAAAGAGAAGCAGAAGCUCAUGAAACUGCAAUUUCCUUGUCUAAGGAAAAUGAUGAAUUGAGAAUGAAGCUCAAAGUCCUAAUUGAGGACAAUAACAAACUGAUAGAGCUGUACGAGCAAGCAGUAGCAGAAAAGAACAAUGAGACUGAUAGAGGUCAGAACUGCCAACAAGAAAAGAUUGAAGAUGACAGCCAACAGCUUUAUGAACACUCUUUACAGAAUCAUGAUUUAGAUGACAUUGUUUCGUCAGGAGAGGCAGUAACUUUGCAGGAAGCUGGCUUAACCGAGGUAGAUGUAGAUGGCAAGUACAGUGAGUGUUCUUCUCUUCCAGAGAAAAGCAAUAUUGCUGCUGACUCGGAACUACCUAACUGCAAGACUACAGACAUUCUAGAGAAUGAACCAUCAGAAUCAGAUGAAAAGCAUACCUCUGAAAAAACUACAGAUAUUCUAGAGAAUGAACCAUCAGAAUCAGAUGAAAGGAAUACUUCUGAAAUAUUGGACAACAGCGAUUACAUGAUGGUGGAAACAAUUCAUCCUGAGUCAACUGCAAAAGCCGUACUAAAUGAAUUUCCUGAGGAUCCUUGUGCCUCCUCUCUGAAGCAGGAUGUUGAAAUGGAAGAUAAGUCAUCAGAUGUUUUGCAUAAUCCUGUAUCAGAAGACCUAAGUGUAUUGAGAAUGAAGCUUGACAGAGCGCAGAAAAAGCUUCUAAAAUCUGCCAACAUCAUAAGCAUGUUUGGUUCAUUAGAGAGGGCAAUUGUUGAGGUUGAUGAGCUUGCAGAAGAAAUUGAAGGACUAGAAAAGAGCCUUGAAGUGAAAAAACAAGGAUACACAUCCUUCAAGCUUCAGUCGUCACAAAUGCUUGAAAAGAAGGUUUUACUUGAUAAUAAGCUAUCAGCACUAAGAUACUCUCUAUCAAGCUUUUCUUCAUCAGUUUGUUACUUCGAACAACGGGAAGUACAAGCAAGAGCAAGAUUGGAUGCUUCAUCUACUUGUCUCGAGCAAAAGAAAGCAAAAUUGGCUCAUCUUCAAGCAUCAAAGGUUCAACUCCUGGAUGCUCAGAUGCUGGCUAAACAAUCUCAAUCUGAAUUAAGAAACAUCCUAGCAGAAUUGAAAUCAAGAUUGGAAGAGGAGAACGGAAAACUGGAAAGCGACAGAGUUCUCUUUGCCAUAGAUAACAUUGAGAAACCCGAUAUCCAAUUGCCAGAAAGGAGUUGGCAGUUGAGUGGCAAAGCUACUGAAUUACUUAAGUUCGAGGAAGAAAAAACAAAGAUGCAGAAUCAAAUAAAGCAGACUAGGGAAAAUUUGGGGAUAAAGAGGAAGGAAAUUGAAGACAUGAACGAAAAAAUGCUGAAAACGGAGAGUGACAUUGAGGCUACUGAAAAGGAGAUAGAGACUCUUUUGCAGUCUGUAGAGGAGAUGAGCAACAGGCUUCGAAGGGUCAUCAGGGAGAAGGAUAUGGUCUAUGAAAUGAAAGAGAACGGGAAGCAAGAGUUUGAGAACAUGAUUCUUGAGUACCACGAGAGUAUGUUUGAAGCAUCGUUGAAGGAGGAAGAGUUGAAGAUUCUGGACGAAGAAUUGCAGUCUGAAAUGAGUAAAAGAGAAGAUUUGCAAAGAGCAAAGGCUCUUGCUACAAGCAGAAAAGGUCAGUUUCUGAAUGCAUUGUCGUGCCAAUCGUGCUCUUUCUCCAACAAGGUAGAGGAGGAUCUACACGACAUACGAAGGUCAGUGCUAGAGCUGAACUCGUUGCUUGGAAAUUAAUAGCUUGUGCUGAAAGUUAAUUUGCCUGUUUAACUGUCGAACUAUAAAGCAUCUUCUCUCAGUUGCAUUGCUGCCUUAAUGUAUUGUCAAUACAUAAAAUUCUGCUUAAGCAAACGGUGUGAUGUAUUUCGAACCAUAUUAUGAUUGUGAAUAA